UUUUAACUGAAAUUAAGCAAAAUGACAUUGAUUCUGACUGUCUGACAGAAAGAGAUAACAUUUAUUGUAUUGUUAUUUUACAGUAGUAGUAGGCCUAAUCAUUUUUUUUAAACUAUGCUUAUACCAUUGACAUCAUGAUAUAUUUCAUUUAUUUAAUAAUACAAAUGUUCUUUUUGAUGAUAGGUGGGCUAUUUAAUCGCUUAUAACAUCAAAACACCAGAUGAUGGCAGUAAGCAACUGCUCAAUUCAAUGGCUGGCACGUAAAGAAACGCGAUCCUACUGCGCAUGCGCACAUCGCCUCCCUUCAUAUCAUAGCCAUUGACAUGUAGAACGCUUUGGCAUUUUAGCUAAAUCUACUUCAGUUUUGAUUUAUUUCCAGGUUUAAAGAAAUGUCCGAGCUUAAAGCUAGUGUAUCGUGUUUUCCGCAGUGUGCGGAAACAGACAAUAUCAAAAAUACAGACGAUAUCAAUCCAGAAACAGUACAAAACACUAACACCAAUAUUUCUCAGGUUGAAGAAGGGUCUCAGAGUGACAGUGAUCUUCUCAAAGGCCUGUUGACGGAUAACUUCUGUCAUGUGUGCGAAGCAACCCUGAUUCACGAGUCUCAGAGAGUUUCUCAUUAUGAGGGGAAAAAGCAUACACAAAGAGUCAGGAUGUACCUGAACAACAAAGCUAAUAUGAACAAGACGAGCCAAGACAGCGGAGGCCUAUUGAGAGGUCUGUCUGCUGAGAAGUUUUGCGAGCUGUGCAACAUGGUGUUCAGCUCCCCCACUGUGGCCAAGUCGCAUUACGAGGGCAAGGUUCAUGCCAAGAACAUGAGAAAAACCAAUCCUCCACCUCCUGGAGUGGCAGUCCUAGAAUCCACAUCUCCAGUUGCCCUCCCAUCAGUGAAUGCUGUACAAAACCCGAUCAGUCAGGAGCAGAGCGACACUUCUGGUUUGGCCGAUCAAGAGGUUGACCUCAGUGACCCCAACAAGUACUGUACGCUGUGCAGCGCUUCCUUCAACAACCCUCUGGUUGCUCAGCAGCACUACAGCGGCCGGAAACAUCAGCGGAACCAGGCCCGAACUGAGAUGCUGGACCAGAUGGGGGAACAGUCAGAACAUGUGAGCUCCCUGACUUGCCCGAUAUGCUGUCUGGCACUCAGCUCAAUAGAGAUGUACCAGGCACACAUGCAGGGAAACAAACACUUCACCAAAGAGAAGAAAGUUAUGGAUCUAUGCAAAUCUCAGAAGAAAGUGUAUGACUCCUUCCAGGAUGAGCUGGCUGACUACAUCCAGGUGCAGAAGGCCCGGGGACUGGAGCCCAAAGCAGGGCCCGGCACUGUGGGACAAGCAAGCAAAGUUCUGGAUGAGAGUACAACAGAAGGUUCACUAAUAGGAGAAGAAAUGCCUCAUCUUGGCCAAAUAAUGCCAUGUUUUCCGCCUCCUAGUUUCCCUCGACCUCACUGGCCCCCACAAUUCCAGUCUCCGGUCCCUCAGUUUGGCUUUGGGGUGAGAGGCCCUGUCCCACACUAUCGGCCAGGAUAUAUGCCACAAUCCCGUCCUCCAUUCAUACCCGGUCAACUUUAUAAAAAAGGGAGGAGCCCUGAGACAUGUAGCUCCUCCUCUUUCUCAGGCUCCUCCUAUAAUAGCAGCAGUAGUGACAGCAGCAGCAGUUACGACAGCAGAGAGAGGAGGAGACGGAAGAGGAAGAUGAGAAAGCGAGGGAAGGGCAGAAGAGAUCAGGAGGACGGGUCUGAUACGGAAAGGAGAGGGAGGGAAGGAGAAGCGGAACGGGGUGAAAGGAAAAAGAGGCUGAAGGGAGACAAGAGAGGAAGUGUAGAAAGAGAAGAGGAUAGGAAUAAGAAAUUGAAGGAGAGAAGAAAAAGAGACAGAAGCUCUAGCGAAGAUGAGGAAAGCAGAAGUAAAAGAAGAUCAAGCAAGAAAAGUAGGAGGCACGGGGAUGGACAGCAUGCAAAGAAACAAAAAGAAGAGGAACUCUUGGAGAAACAAGAGGUCGUGGUGCGAGAUGAGGAAGCACAGGGAAGGAUGGAGGAACACGUGGAGGAAAGGACAGAAACAAAAGAUGGCAAACAAAAACAUAAAAAAGAGAAGAAAAAAGGAAAAGAGAAGACGAGUCAAGAAGACAACAGGACUGAGGAGGAAAGGCUCUGGGAUGAAACUAUUCUUGGUGUUUUUUAAAGACUGUUCGAUGAUGGUUUGACAGUAUUGUUGGAAUAAAACUGCACGGGACCUCAGAAGAGCACUCAAAUCUACUGGACCCAUCUCGCAAAUGAUGCUCUCCGAAGAACUCUUAAGGCCUUUCUUUCAUACAUCUGCUCUCAAUUCCUUUUUAUGGAAUCAAAAAUGAACAUUUUGUCAAUUGCUCACCCUCAUUUCAUUUCACGAAAGUAGAUGUUUUGAGCAAUGUUCAUGCUUCCCAAUGCAAUGAAUGUGAAUGGAAGCUGUCAGACAAUAUGUAGACAAUACAACUUAAUGCAUUAUAUAUUUGUGAUGUAUGGAUCAAAAUAUAUGUUGAUAUUCACUGAAAAUAUUUCUGUCUCCAAUUCCACAUAUUAAAACUGCUAUUCAUAUUGCCGUGACACUUAAGAACCUACAACGUUUGACAAAUGCAAAGCUGUCAUGACUCAAAAAGUUUCAUAUUGCACAAGUUGUUUGAACUACCUGGUACAUAAAAGGUGUUUUUUUUUUUUUUUUUUUUACAUUUGUAGAGCUCGACAGCAUCCAUCCACUUUCACAGUGGGGAAAAAAGCUAUCCUAAACCUCUCCUUUUGUGUUUCACAAAAUAAACAGAGUCACACAAGUUUGGAAUGACAUGAGGGUGAGAAAAUGAUGAUAAACUAUUCCUUGAAAUGCUCAGGACUACAGACUAUAUAGGAUGUCUCUAGAGCUGCUCUCUUCUAUUGGAGAAAUCAGUAGAAAUGUUAGACUUUGUGCUGUCUGCUGUGAUGCAAAAACACUACAUGAGCCAUCCACCCAUGUAUCCUUCAACUUGCUUCAUGCUUUGAUUAAAUAAACCCCUCCCGCUGUUUA